AUGUCUAUAAAAGUCAGUGGCACCCAGAACAACAAUAUAUUUAAAGAUGAAAAAGAGGGAAAGUUGAGAGAAGUUGGAAACCAAGCUGCGUGGUCUUUAUCUUCGUGUAAACCAGGUUUUGGAGUGGAACAGUUACGUGAUGAUGCAUAUGAUACAUAUUGGCAAUCAGAUGGUCCUCAACCACACCUAGCUAAUAUACAGUUUAGAAGGAAAACAACAAUAUAUGACAUAUGUUUUUUUGCAAAUUAUAAAGCUGAUGAAAGUUACACACCUAAUAAGAUUUCUAUAAGAGUUGGAAGCCAUUUUAAUGAUUUAAUAGAAGUAGAGCUAUUAGAAAUGACAGAGCCAGUGGGUUGGAUAUCAGUGCCAUUAAAAGACUCAAAUGAUAAACCUAUCAGAACAUUUAUGAUACAAGUAGCAAUUUUAUCUAAUCAUCAAAAUGGACGUGAUACACAUGUUCGGAGAAUUAAAGUUCGUUCACCAACUCAUACUACAGAUUUAUCAACUAGUCGAGUACAGACUUAUUCUAGUCCAGAAUUACAAAUGUAUUCUGUUUUAAGAUGA